AUGAAAGGUGAAGAGAAGUGCUACUACCUGUCCGAAAGGGGAAAAAGCAAAAGUUUUAAGAACAUAAAAUUGAUUACAUUCGACCUUGAUCAUACGAUAUGGAACAUUGAUGCACUACUAAACUACGCAGACAACGAAUGCUAUAAAUACAUGAAGAGAAAUUAUAAGAGACUAUAUGAUUUUCUAUUGAAAGAGUAUGAACUGUCCAUUACAAAAUUGGUAAAACAGUUAUUAGAAAAAAAUUUAGAUCUAAAUAAAGAUGUAGUACAAAUAUUAACAAGAAUAAGAAUUGAUGCUUUCAAAUAUUUAGCAAAACAAACAAACUAUGAUGAAAUAAAAUUUUCGUCCGAAAUACAAGCAUUAUGGAAAAAAAAAAAGAAUGAUGUCCAUUUAUUUAUAAGUCCUGGUACUAUUGAAUAUUUAAGAGAAUUAAAAAGUAGAGGUUAUAUUCUAGGAGCUAUAACAAAUGGGGAUUCAGAUGUCAAUGGUAUUAAAUUCUUAAAUGAAAUAUUUUCUUUUGUAGUUAGAUCAAUGGAUUAUAAUUAUGCAAAACCAAGUGUCGAAAUUUUUAAUAUUGCGGAAAAUUUAUUAAAAGAAAAAAAUUAUAAUUUUAAUACAGAUGAAUGGUUACAUGUUGGAGAUGAUAUAUAUACAGAUAUCAUGGGUGCAAAAAAUAAAAACAUUAACUGUGCAUGGAUUACUAUGUUUCGUGAUGGUAGAGAAAUAUCACAGAGUGAAUGGUACUCUUAUUUAAAAUUAAAACUUGAAAAUAUUAAUGAUUCUACAUUAACUCAGUAUAACCCUUAUUCUGAUGUUUUAUUUUCCAAGUUCAGAAAAAAAGACAUCGUUCUUCCAUACGACUACAUCGACAUAGAGAUACGCCAUUGCCGUGAUCUCGAUAUUAUUUUGGUUUAG